AUGUUAAUACCAGUAUUAAUAGUAUCUAGUUUAGUACACAUAUAUUCAAUAAGUUAUAUGAGUCAUGAUCCACACAAUCAAAGAUUUUUUAGUUACUUAAGUUUAUUCACUUUUAUGAUGAUUAUAUUAGUAACAGGAAAUAAUUAUUUAGUUAUGUUUGUAGCCGCAAAUCAAAGUUCUUUAUCUGCUUUAUUAACUAAUAGAGUUGGUGAUUGUUUAUUAACUGUAGUAUUUGCAUUAGCUCCUUAUUAUAAUGAAACUAUUAUUACAAUUAUAGGUAUAUGUUUAUUAAUAGGUGCUACAGCUAAAAGUUCUCAAGUUGGUUUACAUAUUUGA